GGCAGAAAGCCACAAGCCAUGAAAACUGAUUGAGAUGAGAAGAAUUCAUCUGGGACUGGCUUUUGAUUUAGGAUGGUGUUGGAAGUUGCUCGUUGUCGCUAGGAGCCUGCUCCACUGUAAGGGUGUCGGGAUCUGAAGAGCUAUGGUGAAACACCACUGAAGCAUUGCCAAGGAUGGGGCUGGCAAGCAGCAAAAAGCUGGACAAGGAAAAGCCGAUCAAGGAGAAGGACAAGGGCCAAUGGAGCCCCCUGAAGGUCAGCGCCCAAGACAAGGACGCCCCGCCACUGCCGCCCCUGGUUGUCUUCAACCACCUUACUCCUCCACCGCCCGAUGAACACCUGGAUGAAGACAAGCAUUUCGUGGUGGCUCUGUAUGACUACACCGCUAUGAAUGAUCGGGACCUGCAGAUGCUGAAGGGGGAGAAGCUACAGGUCCUGAAGGGAACUGGAGACUGGUGGCUGGCCAGGUCACUCGUCACAGGAAGAGAAGGCUAUGUGCCCAGCAACUUUGUGGCCCGAGUGGAGAGCCUGGAAAUGGAAAGGUGGUUCUUUAGAUCACUGGGUCGGAAGGAGGCUGAGAGGCAGCUUCUUGCUCCAAUCAACAAGGCCGGCUCCUUUCUUAUCAGAGAGAGUGAAACCAACAAAGGUGCCUUCUCCCUGUCUGUGAAGGACGUCACCACCCAAGGGGAGCUGAUCAAGCACUAUAAGAUCCGCUCCCUGGAUGAAGGGGGCUACUACAUCUCCCCCCGGAUCACCUUCCCCUCGCUCCAGGCCCUGGUGCAGCACUAUUCUAAGAAGGGGGAUGGUCUAUGCCAGAGGCUGACCCUGCCCUGUGUGAGCCCGGCCCUGCAGAACCCCUGGGCCCAGGAUGAAUGGGAGAUCCCCCGGCAGUCUCUCAGGCUGGUCAGGAAACUCGGGUCUGGACAAUUUGGCGAAGUGUGGAUGGGUUACUACAAAAACAACAUGAAGGUGGCCAUUAAGACGCUGAAGGAGGGAACCAUGUCUCCAGAAGCCUUCCUGGGCGAGGCCAACGUGAUGAAGGCUCUGCAGCACGAGCGGCUGGUCCGACUUUACGCAGUGGUCACCAAGGAGCCCGUCUACAUUGUCACCGAGUACAUGGCCAGAGGUGGUGCCCCCUGCAGAGCCGCAUCCUCAGAGCGAGGCAGGAGGGCCGGGCUUAGCAGGAGGAGGAGGGUCCGCUGCGGAUGCCUGCUGGAUUUCCUGAAGACAGAUGAAGGGAGCAGAUUGUCACUCCCAAGGCUGAUUGAUAUGUCGGCGCAGAUUGCUGAAGGGAUGGCGUACAUUGAGCGCAUGAAUUCCAUCCACCGCGACCUGCGGGCGGCCAACAUCCUGGUGUCUGAGGCCUUGUGCUGCAAAAUUGCUGAUUUUGGCUUGGCUCGAAUCAUCGACAGUGAAUACACGGCCCAAGAGGGGGCCAAGUUCCCCAUCAAGUGGACAGCCCCGGAAGCCAUCCACUUCGGGGUCUUUACCAUCAAAGCAGACGUGUGGUCGUUUGGAGUCCUCCUGAUGGAAGUUGUCACUUAUGGGCGGGUGCCAUACCCAGGGAUGAGCAACCCGGAGGUCAUCCGCAGCCUGGAGCGCGGCUACCGCAUGCCGCGCCCCGACACCUGCCCGCCGGAGCUGUACCGCGGCGUCAUCGCCGAGUGCUGGCGCAGCCGGCCCGAGGAGCGGCCCACCUUCGAGUUCCUGCAGUCGGUGCUGGAGGACUUCUACACGGCCACCGAGAGGCAGUACGAGCUGCAGCCCUAGCCGGCCGCGCCCGCCUGCGCCCCGUGCCCACCUCUGCGCGGACGACCCCGACUUCCGUGUCAGCCCAGAAGGGCCGCGAAGGCGGGGUGUCGCCUGUGCCCUUUUCUCAGACCCGGAAACCAGUGGGCAGAGGCAGCUUCGCAGGGGGUCCCCGGACGGACUCCUUCACCGACUGUACCCUCGGGCGAGUUACGCGGCCUCUCUGUGCCGCUUCAUUUGUAAAGAGGGCUGUAACAGUGACCUCGCACGGUCAUCCAGAGUACUAAGCCCCAGUAAGGUGUUCAGGACUGGUAAGCGACUGUCAUCAAGUAAGGCCCCCGUGCUGGCCGCGUCCCCGCCUCUGCGCCCUGCGUGGACCCCGCCCUGCCCCGCUACAGAAGCCAGACUGGGUCCCGCGGACGCCAGCAGGGACAGCCCCAGCCUAGGCUGCGCUCCAGCACUGCGGGGCUUUUCUGCAAUAAAGUCACGAGCGUUCGAGCUG